AUGGAAAAUCCAAAAACAUUGACUGUGGCUACUAUCUGGAAAUUUGACAAAGACGCGGCUGGGGAUAUUAGAAAGCUUUUCAUGAAAACUGCCAAUACUAGCUCUGGGUUCUGCAAAUAUGAGCCUGCUGAAAAUGUUUUUGUUGUGGAUGGCUGUGAUGUUAUUGGAUCUGCUCCUGAACUGGGCUACUUGGUUGCAAAAUGCAUUGGUGGUGGGGGGGCUAAUGACAUGCUGAAGAUUUCGAGGGUUUCCCGUUUAGGACCGCUAAACACCCAGAGCGAAAAUCCUUAUGCUGAUGAUACAGAUGCGGAGACCAAAGGAACCCUUAUCGAUAUAGCUCAUAUCAGUGAAUCUACCAAGGUUCCGUUUACCAUUGAGUACUGGCAACCGGAAACUGGAACUGUCGGGGUCUUUGAAAAAUUUCCAUUUGCCAUUACCGAAGUUUCAAGAUUGUCCGGAGCGGACGUUGCUCUUGAAGAGUCUGAUAGGAGACUCCGCGUAUCCAGCUACCUCACCACCCAGGUCAAAGAUGCUUUAAACCGGCUCUUGAGUUUGCAAACUUCCCUUUCUUUUUCAAUUACCCCUCAUAUUGCACACGUUCUAAAUGUCUCUCCAGAGCUUGAAUAUCACCUCACGCUUUCUGUCUACUCGGAGCUAAACUCCCAGGCGAUUAACCGUAUCCUCGUUGACCCGGGAAGGAAAGAAAUAGAGCCUCCAUGCCCAACGAUACCCACAAAGGGACAGUCCAAACUAUGGGCCAAUUUCAAGUUCCGAGGCCUGGGGAAUGCGUCAAAUAUCCCACAGUUUGUCAAACCAACUCAGCAAAGUCGGUUUCAGCAAAGGCGACUCCAACAUAGUCAGUUGGACAACCACAGCUCCCUCGCGGCUGUUCAGCAAGAAGCCAUCCCUGUUGAGAGGCAUCCUUUCUUGACCCAGGAAAAGGUCUCUCGUGUCAACAAAUGGGUUGCUGCGGGAGUUGAGGCUGGCGCAGUCGGUGUCGGCGGAUUUAAGAGGCGCAAAGCCAUCAUCAUCGAUACAAAGGGUCAUAGUUCCGGAUCAAAUGAAACUUCAAAGCCGUAUCCGCUCGCAGAACCUGAUAAAGCCAACGAAGUUGCUUCCGCCCAACAGAAGCUCCAGCUGCCUGCGAAUUCUAAUGAGUGCGCCGACGAACAGUCGGAAUGUUACACUUCCACAAGAGGCCUCCAAGAAACGACCUCUAAGCCCAAGUUAAGCCCCAAGCCAGCUGCGAAGCGAGGAUCGGUCAAACUUAUUAAUAUGGAUGAAACGCCGGAGAUGCCAACAGCAACGAUACCGCCCAUGGCACACUUAGAGUCUAUUUUAAAGCCAGCACAAGCAGGCCCAGAAUCGGAAGACUAUAGACCUGGACGUUCAGUUGAGAAGGGUCGUACUGUCCAUUACACCAUGAACAACCAAGCUGGGAAUAACACUCGAAAGGGUCAAGGGGGCAUGAGUAACUUGGAAAAGAAAACUAAAAUUGCGGAGAGUUGGGACGUGCCUGAUAUGUCGAGAGCAAUGACUUUCGAUUGCCGCCGCCCUUCUGCCAAAUCCAUUCAGCAAAAAAGUGAAUGUAAAAUUGUCCAGCAGGCUAAAGAAGUUGAAAAAUGUAUAACAUCCACUAAUAACUUCCUCCGGCAAAUUGGCCUAGUUUUGAAUGGGGCUCGAUCCUUUCCAGGAAGCCUUUCUCUAGAAAUCCAGUUGGGUCUGAUUCUAAUCCAUCCCGCGGCAAUCGAGGCGAAAUAUAAAGAAGCUAUCUUUAACACCCGGUCAUGGAAUGUUAUAUUUCAACCAAAGAACAACCUCACCGCACCAAGCACAAUAUUCACUGACAGGCUGACAACGUCGGGCGCAGACAUCGAAUACAUCGUUGAUUUACUGGACGAUGAAGGAGCCAGUCCAUGCCAAAUGUUUCCAGAUACAAUCUUGUCACGCCGCGUCUGCUAUGAGUUUCAUUGUACAACCAAGAAUAAUGAGUCUUUGGUGGUCACCGUCGAUGAAUCCGGAACAGCAGUCGUCAAUAGACCGGAAUUUAUUCUUGGCUCGGUAAGCGCUCACUGCGCGGCUCACACCUGGGAUAUGCGAGGUUUAGUCAAAGGGGCAAUUGAGUAUGUUCGAGGCGAUGAAGAAAUCAACCUCGCAAUCCAAAAUCUCAUUGCCAAAUUGUAUAUCCGACCAGACAAGUCCGAGCUCGAGAUUUUUAUUCAGAAUCCUGAAGAUGGGCCAUUGCUCAUUACAAACGCUUUCGUCAAGCGUUCCACUAGACAUGGUUUCCAUAAGCAUGAGACUGGACCUUGGCAUACUAACACUACUUGGAAGUCUGCUCAGAACUGCAGUCGUUCGAGAACAUCACGAGAAAUCCAGGGACCAAUUCUUCAAAUCACCGAGGUGCAAAAUCUUCUUUUCGGAGGUCAUGAAUAUGACAAAUCCACCAUUUGUGCCCUAGCAGAAAAUCCAGAGGACAUGGUAGAAGGCCAUAGGUGGUGGUACGAAGUAUCGAUUAUAAACCUAGAAAUCGAGAAGAUUCUGCGCAGCUAUAAAUACCUUGAGCUUGGCGACAGUAACAUUUCCUGGACUACCUUCGACCUGCCCGCUUCUGCGUCCAGGAAUCCGAACAAGGCUGACUCCAAUGUUACAGGCCCCCCUGCCGCGGCGAGCCAAAAUCUUACGGGUGAAGAAUCAGACAACCACACCUCAUCGGGGUAUCAAACAAUACGGUAG